UUUUUUUUUAUUUGUGAAUUUCAGUAACACUAAAACAAUGGGCGCCGGCCAGUCUCACCUCCCCAACCCCUCCGACCCUUCUGUCGCCAAGCAGACUAUUGCUGUCGAUGGCGGCAACUGGGGCGCGGAUGCUCACCGCGUUCCCUCUGCCAAAGACAACCUCCUCGGCAUUCAGGACGCUCACUUGACCACCCUGUACGACAACUUCCGCAACUCUGUUGAAAAGUACGGCACUGCCGACUGCCUCGGCACCCGCAUUACCAAGGAAGAUGGCUCCCGCGGUGCUUACUCGUUCAUCUCUUACGCCACCGCGUCCGCUCGCGCUACCGAGGUCGGCUCGGCCCUCGUCCACCUCGGCCUGGCCGCGCAAACCCCUGUCGGCAUCUACUCGAUCAACCGCACCGAGUGGGUCCUUGUCGAGCAGGCCUGCAACGCCUACUCGCUGCCCACCGUUGCUCUGUACGACACUCUUGGUGCUGGCGCCGUCCGCUUCAUCAUGAACCACGCCGAGCUCCCGAUCGUCUUCUGCUCGGCCGACAAGGCUGGUGCCGUGCUCGACGCGCUCAAGAUUGACGGCGGCGUCCCGUCGCUCAAGUACAUUGUCACAUUCGAGGGUGCCGACGAGGCGACCGUCAACCGCGCCAAGGAGCACAACGUGACUGUCCACACCUUCAAGGAGAUUCUCGAGCUCGGCAAGGCCAACCCCGCCCCGCACCGCCCGCCCCAGCAGGACGACCUGGCUGUCAUUAUGUACACGUCUGGCACCACUGGCGACCCGAAGGGUGUCAUGCUGACCCACAAGAACUUUAUCUCGACCAUCAACGCGGUCUUGUUCCACGGCGUCGCCCUCAACACUGACGACGUCCACUUCUCCUUCCUGCCGCUUGCCCACUCGUUCGAGCGUGCCGUCCAAGGCACCAUCCUCCGCGUCGGCGCGUCGAUCGGCUUCUUCCAGGGCGCCAUUCCCAAGCUUGCCGAGGACAUCCAGGAGCUCAAGCCCACCCUCUUCUGCGGCGUGCCCCGUGUCUUCAACCGCUUCUAUGACCGCGUGGUCAACACUGUCACUGCUGCCGGUGGUGUCAAGCUCACUCUCUUCACCAAGGCCUUCGCAGCCCGCCGUCACGCCCUCAAGCACGGCCAGGACACUCCCUUCUGGAACAAGCUCGUCUUUGACAAGAUGAAGCUCAUUCUCGGCGGCCGUGUUCGCUACAUGAUCACCGGCUCUGCCCCGAUUGACUCGAAGGUGCUCGAGUUCCUGCGCGUGUGCUUCUGCCCCGUCGUCUUCCAGGGCUACGGUCUGACUGAGACUUGCGCCGCCUCCGCCAUCACCAACUACAACGACACCCUCCUCGGCCGCGUCGGCCCCCCGCUCGCCGUGAACGAGUACAAGCUGACUGACGUUCCGGACAUGAACUACUUUGUGACCGACAAGCCCAACCCCCGCGGUGAGCUCUGGAUUCGCGGUAACAACGUUUUCAAGGGCUACUUUAAGGAUCCCAAGAAGACCGCCGAGGACCUCGAUGCUGACGGCUGGUUCCACACUGGCGAUGUCGGCAUGUGGAACGAGGAUGGCUCGCUCUCCAUCAUUGACCGCAAGAAGAACAUUUUCAAGCUGGCCCAAGGCGAGUACGUUGCUGCCGAGUUCCUCGAGGGCGUCUUCCAAAAGUCCAAGUGGAUUCUGCAAGUCUUUGUCUACGGCAACUCGCUCAAGACCACCCUUCUUGCUGUUGUUGUGCUCGACCCCGACACCAUCAAGCCGUGGGCCAAGUCGCAGGGCCUGUCCGAGGACCUCAACGCCCUCGCUGCCAACGCCGACGUCCAGAAGAUGGUCCUCGACGACAUGACUGCCGUCGGCAAGGCCGAGGGUCUUAAGGGCUUUGAGUUUGUCAAGGGUAUCAUUGUCGAGAGCGAGCCUUUCGCUGUCGAGAACGACCUGCUCACCCCUACCUUCAAGCUCCGUCGUCCCAACGCCACCCAAAAGUACAAGGCACAGCUCGAGGAGAAGUACAAGACUGUCGAGCCUUAAACGAGGGGGAGGGUGUGUUGCAGAGACGCAGCGAUCUGUUUUUUUCUUCCUCUGUUGUGUUCAUUUUUCAAUUCCCUUGUUUUGCCGUGUGUCGUGUCCCGCGCGGUCGGUCCUUGUUGUGCAAUUGUUGUCUUUGUUUUUGGUUUUUUUGUUCCAUUGCCAAUUCCGUUUUUCAAAAAACCCGCCACAUGCAAAAGGGCAUUGGUGGGGGGGGGG